UUUAAACACAUAUGGAAUCCAAAGAGGACAUUGAAAAUUUUGGUAAUAUUUCAGCAGACCCGCCUACUAGCAUGCUUGAUAAACAAUUCUCUGAAGGAGCCAAACCUGAAGACAAAUAUUACCAAGAGAGUGAGAAGUGGAAGCAGGCACUUGAUACCAAUACACAACUGUCAGGAGUUAUUAGUGACCUAGACGUGAAACUGAACAGGGUCCUGGCCAAGCAGGAAUAUGAGUACCUCAAAGGGUAUAAUAUAUACGUAAAGAAGAAGGAAAAAGAACUAAGAGAGCUGAUUGAUACUCUUAAUAAGAAAAACUCUACUACUAAUACUAAAGAUCAGAAGAUUAUUGAGCUAAAUACAACCAUUCAGAGGAUCAGGAAUGACCAGAUGAAUCUAGAGAAGAUGAAGGAGAAGCAAAGAAAAGAAACACUCAAGUGGAAAUCUAAAGCUGAAAAUUUUGAGGAGGACUGUAAGUUUUUGCAAAAGCAACUCAAAGAGACAAAGAAGCAGAACCAGCUUUUGAAAUUAGCGAUUACAAGACUUCAAUAUGAGUUAGAAAAUAAAGCAGAGAAAGAUGGGAAUACUUUUAUGACUGAUGUAGCCCAGGACGGUACUGAAAUGAAGCCAGAUGAUAUUCUAGAGAUGCUAAAAAGUGAGCAUCUUGAUGCUAACCAACUCUCAAUUCUUGAAAAGAGCAAUUUGCUGAAUACUUCUGAUUCACAAAGUUUGAUCAAACAAGAUGAUCAGGGAGCUAUGAAGUCAAUUAUUUCCAACUGGGGUGAUAACAAGUCUAAAUCUGUGACUAGGAGGCCUUCUAAGAGCCCUAUUUCACACUACAGGUUUAUUCCAACUCAGAACAUUAAGUAUGAGGCUUAUUUGGAUACCUUAUUUGACUCAAAUUAUAAUGACAAAAGAAAGAAGAAAGAACUUAUACUUUACAUGCAGUCUGUCGAGACUAGGUUCAACAAUGUUUGCAAAGGAAUGAGAGCCAAACUUGAUGUUGAAAAACGUAAAAUCUGAAAGCUAGAGAGUGUCAAAGUAAACGAGGCCACUUCUAAGAAUGAGCUCGAAACUAUCUUCGUUGAUUGCAUUGAGGAUGUUCGAAGAGAUAUCAUGAAAAGGAGAUUAAAGACUGAAAUUCAGAGCAAAAAGAGAUUCAAACCUAUUGACCAAGACACAGAAGAAGCUAAAGAGUUUGAAGAAAGUCUUCUAAAGCUUGCUCAACUUGCUAAAGAUAAGAUCAAGAUCUCUGAAUUUACUCCCAGCGACCGUUGCAACUUGCUAGACUUGUUUGUUAAUAAUGAAAAAACACUUCUGAAGAUUUAUGAGGCAUGAUUUCCUCAUAGAACUAAUAAUUUCUCUGAUCAAAACCAACAAAUGGUAAAUAAUGAGGCAGCAGUGGCUACUAAUCUGUCUAUUGCUGAUGUUCCCUCAACAGACUACAAUACUAGUGUCAAGAAGAACCUUGAUUUGAUGAAUAGGAUGACUAAUGGAGACAAUUCUUUCUAUGGAACUGAAGUUGAGCCUCUUGCUGGCUUUGAGAGUAAAAAGAGCACAAAACAUCUACUAAAUCAUACCACUAAUGAUGAAUAUGGCACUGCCACAGAGACAAUGCCUUCGAUUCUACCUAAUAUUAAGAGAAGCCAGCUUGGGCCACACAAAAGGAGAUUGACUAAGCCAUCUAAAUACAAGUAGGUGUCAA